AUGGGAAUUCUAUUUACAUUAACCUCGGUGCUAUCGAUAAUGAAGAUCAUUGAAGUAUCAAUGGGGGAGUCCGCCAAUGCCACUACCGAAGUUGCCAUUCCUGAUAACCACCAGGCUAAGAGAAGAGCUUCCUCCAUCAAAUACAUCAGUGAUGCCGGUGGGCUAGUGAGAAAUAAGGCAAGUGACGACAUGAUGUUGGGAUUAUCGAUAUCACCCCCAUCAAUUACUGCCACCAAUAUUCACUAUUACCAAGGAGUCUCACAGAUACCCAAAAGAAAGCGGUUUGAUUGCAAUCCUGCAAAAGUGUUGAAUUGCCGCAGCACUCGUUCGAACGAUGUCUUGCGGAAGGCAGUGAUUCUUGAGCAGUCGUUUGGGAGUAGCAAUGGCAAGUAUCAACAAUUUGUUAAGCAAGUAAAACGAGAAUGUUUACUAUAA